ACGUCUGCGCACGCGCCAAACACGGCGGGUAAAUUGAACGCUGUUGCUAACCAACCGCCAGCCCGCGGUGAGCGAUUAUCUCCGGGUUAACAGCCCUGAAGCCGGCUUUAUCCUCUUUAUUUGUGCACAUCUUCGUCCGCGUGUCUCCCGUGGGUUACUGGAGAAUCUCACCGUCUGGAGGACCGCAGCUCUCACAGCAGAGCGGAUGUAAACAAACAGAAGAUCCGGUUUCAUUCAUUCACCAACGCUGCAGUUCUUCAUCAUCAGAGAAUAACAUGAGCUCUGCGCUGGAUGAUCCGACACUCGAGCGCAACUUUAAGGGCCACAGAGAUGCGAUCACCAGCCUGGACUUCAGCCCCAGCGGCAAACAGAUCGCCUCGGGCUCGGUGGAUGCCUGUGUGAUGGUCUGGAACAUGAAGCCUCAGUCGAGGGCCUACAGGUUUACUGGACACAAGGAUGCGGUGACGUGUGUGCAGUUUUCUCCGUCUGCUCAUAAGGGAGAGUCGGUGUUGUUCAGAGCACACACAGGAUCGGUGCGCAGUGUGUGUUUCUCCGCUGACGGUCAGUCGCUCCUCACAGCAUCUGAUGAUCAGAGCAUCAAACUGUGGAGCGUCCAUCGCCAGAAGAUCAUCUGCACACUCAGAGAACACAACAACUGGGUGCGCUGCGCUAGGUUUUCUCCAGACGGUCAGCUGAUGGUGUCGGUCAGUGAUGACAGAACAGUGAAGCUGUGGGACGCCAGCAGCAGACAGCUCAUACACACAUUCUGUGAGCCCGGCGGCUGUGUGGUGCACACUCUCUCCUUAGGCCACCAGUGUGCGUCUGGAGCUGCCGGUGAUCCCGAGAGUCGUUCGGGACAGAAAACAGAGGUUUCGCCGCUGCUGGGAGUGUCUGCGGAGAGAUCUGUGCGUGAACCGACCCCUCAGCAGCAGACGGAUGCGGACGGUGUUCCUGCGGCUCUGACCAGCACACUGCAGCACAUCAUCGGCCAGCUGGACGUGCUCACACAGACGGUGGCCAUUCUGGAGCAGCGACUGACUCUGACGGAGGACAAGCUGAAGGAGUGUUUGGAGCAACAGCAUCAGGCCCUGACUGAACACUGAUGGACAAAUCCUCCAUCUGCAGCCGGCGGUGUGUGUGUGUCCUGCUGAAUCACUGGCUUUACUCACUGUGGUAUAAACUGACUCUUCACUAUAACGGUGCAGUUCACUAUUCUUUACUGUCUUGCUGUGAAACUUUUAUAAUGUACACUGUGAGUAUUCUUCACAUAAAUGUGGUUAAAUCCACCCAGAAAUUAAAAUUCUGUCAUUAAUUA